GACCUCUUUGACAGCUGACAUAGUCUAUGUUUUUGUUCCAUAUCAUAACAAAGCAAAAUGUCGAUCAGGAAUGAAAAAAGCAAAAGGCAAAAACAUUUUCUUAUAUAUUACACGUAAUAUUUUAUAUAUUUUUUUUUCGAGUUCUUGUUGAUGAUUUCAAGAUUGUGAUAAUAGUAUAAUGGGUGAAACAGAAAAUGUCGAGACGAGAACAGUAAAGCAUUCUAUUCCUAUUGAUAUUCUAAAUGACCUUUUAACGAGAUUUAUUAUUUGUGUGCCAGAAUCUGCGAAGCAGAAUUUAAUAAGAAUAUGUUUUCAAAUUGAAUUAGCUCAUUGGUUCUAUUUGGACUUUUAUGUUGGAAAUGAUAAUAGGUUAAAAGCUUGCAGUAUAUAUGAAUUUGCUGCACAUGUGUUUCAGCAUAUUCCCUACUUAAAAACCCAAAGUCAUAAGCUAAAUGAUAUCCUAGAAGAAUGGAAAGAGUAUAAACAAAGCGUACCAACCUAUGGGGCCAUAAUUCUGUCUGAAAAUUUAUCGCACGUUCUUCUAGUCCAGAGUUAUUGGACAAAAUCCUCUUGGAGUUUUCCAAAAGGAAAAGUAAAUGAAGAGGAAGAUCCUGCCCAUUGUGCUAUUAGGGAAGUACUAGAAGAAACCGGUUUCGAUAUCAGCAAUCAUUUAAAUCCCGAAGAAUAUUUUGAAUCUACAAUAAAUGAUCAACUAGUUAGGUUAUACAUAAUUAAAAAUAUACCGAUGACAACAAAAUUCUGUCCGAAAACCAGAUGUGAAAUAAAGGCAUGCUCUUGGUUCGCCGUUACCGACUUACCGACCAGUAAAAAAGAUUCCACACCUAAGACAAAAAUAGGUGUAAAUGCUAAUGCAUUUUUUAUGGUUUUACCAUUCGUGAAAAGACUGAAACAAUUGUGUAAUCUUAAUGGUAGUACAAAUCAUCCCAGGCUUAGACAUAAGUCUGUAAGUUUGUGUGAAAACGAAUUGGUAUAUUCGAGACAUAGGACCAAAUCCAUGCAUAAUAAGUUAGAUGCAGAUGAUUUAAGGCAUAUCAAAAAACGUCAAGAAAAAAAACAUUCAAAGAAACAAUUAUUCUCGGAAGACGAUAAUUUCGAUUCAAACUUUUGUGCUCCCUCUUGGUUAAAUUUCAAAUUUGAUAAAAAUGCAAUCAUGGAAUGUAUGCCAUGAAAUUUUUGAGUAUUAAAUGAUCUACCAUUUAAUAUAUAAUCUUGGGUUGUUCAUUUAAAUAAUUUCUCAUUAUUUUUGUUGGUGUUGCUCAUUUUCAUAGUUUUAUUUCAUAAAAUUUCAUUCAUUUUUUGGUAAAUUAUCUAUAUAUGUAUUUUGAAUGGUACAUCAUUUAUUCAACUUUGGAACAAAUAUUAUUUUAAAAGAAAAUCCGCUGCAAGAAUUUUUUCUGUAAUAAUUUAAAAUUUUGAAAAUUGUUAUUUAUUUUUGGUACAUUAACCUGUUGUAAUUAUUAUUGAACUAUAAAUUAAGGGGGUGUUCUGAUCUAGAAGCCUAAAUUUAAGGCAUUUUUGAAACUAACGUAAAAAAAUGAAAAACAUUUUUAAUAUCCAUUUUUUUUAAAUAUUUAUGGACUUUAUAAGAAUAUAAAAAAAUUGUAAGAAAAAAACAAAAUUUCAAUUAAUUACAGGCCGGUGAAGUGGAGACUAAAAAAAUGGUACACCCUGGUUGACAUGAUUCAAUCCCUUGUAGUGAUCUGAAACAAAAAAAAUUCUUAAUUUGUAAAGAUGUUAUCGCGUUGACCUUAGCCAAAAAAAAACUCACAAACUGGCGUCGACAUGAAAUAUAAUUUUUUUCGCGAAAAUUCUUUAAUCAAAAUUUGGAUCCAAAUCACUUGUAGAAAUCCUUUAUACCGAGUAUAGAUUUUCGUCAGUGAUCAAUAUUUAUUUUCGUUAACAAUCAUUAACAAAAAAUACACUGCCGACAGAAAGUUUUCGGACAAGAUGAAAAUUUGUUAAAAGUAAAAUAAAUCAAAUUAGAACAAGUUUUAUUUUAAAAAAUAUUAAAAGAACAUUAUACGAUUAAAAUCAUGAACAUAUUUUGUCUCUUUCAUUUUAUACUUACUGCUACAUUUUCUUUUCAUCAAAGAAAUCCUCUAACCGCCACUUUUUAACUACAAGUGGCAUUCUUUUUAUUCUAAGUUUUUCUAACACACUUUGGUAUAUUAUUCCAAGACGUUUGAAGAGCCUUCCAAAGAAGUGGGAUUCAAUUUUCUAACUUUUCGAUCCAGUUCAUCCCACAAUAGUUCUAUUGGAUUUAGAUCCAAUUGUGGGGACCGUUUCAUCAUUUCUAACACCACUAUCUUUUUUUUAAUAGUUGAGACAAAGCUUAGAUGCGUGUUUUGAGUCAUUAUCUUACUGAAACACACACCCACGGCCAAUUAGGUGCAUCACAGAAGGGUUAGUAUGCGUUUUUAAUGUGUAAUGGGAACCAUUUUUGUCCACGUUUAAUUCUGUGGAGAUUCAGCAUAAGAAAAACACCCCACACUAUCAUGGAGCCACCUCCAUAUUCAACAGUUAUAGCAUCGGGGUGCAUUUUUACUGAAGAUCCGCGACGAACAUAAAUUCUUCGCUUUUGCCCAAAGGUCUCGAAUUUGGACUCAUCAGUCCACAGGACUUAUUUCCAGUUUUCUACUGUUCAAUAUUUAUGUGCAAGGGUCCAUUUUAGUCUUUUUUUUUUUCUGUUUCCGCGCCGCAAGAGUGGUUUCUUUGUAGAAAUUCUGCCAUUUAGGUCUGCUUUUUGUAAGCAUUUUUUUACUACACUUAUUUAUAUCUGUUUAUUGUGACUAUCAUUGAACCGCAUUUGAAUUUCCGGUGCUGUAAACUUCCUAUUGAAUUUCAAUAGGAGCUUCUUACAGCACGUCAAUAAUUAUCAUCGUGUUUGUAAUGAUGGUAAAUGAUUUAGUAAUUUCUUAUUAAAGUUUUCGACAAAUAAAUUGAGUUUUAUCAUAAAUACUUUGACGUUUGAAUGUAUAUUGAAAGCGAACUGGUUUUUCCCUUGUAGAUUUAUAUUUAGAUCAUUCAAAUAUUUUAAAAUAUCUACUGAAAACGAAAAUCAGGAAAAUCAUGUAGUUUUUCUUUUACCGACAAGAAUGAUACUAUUUCAUGAAGUAAACAUUGAAACCACAACUUUACCGAUGCUAAGCCAUCGCACUACGGUGUAAUAAGGAAUUUCGUAAAAAUCACUUUAAAUUUCUUACAAAAAUUCAUUAAACUGUCGAUCGAUGAUUUAAAACACGUCCACGGAUAAAAUUCACAACUUUUGUGGCAACAGUAACGACGUGAUUCAAUUUCAAGAGUUUUCUACUCAACACUUCUUGAUGAAUAAUACAGCGUGAAAAUAAUAUAUCCUGUUCUGGCUGCAACUCUUUUACUUUUAUUUUAUUUAUUUUAUUAAACCGACAUUUGUUCUUGUUAAACUAGCUUACUAUUUUAUUCCAAAUUAAAUUUACUUUAACUAAACACUAUUCAACAGCGAUAAAGAAGUCUUCGCGGUAGUUGUACCUUUCAUUGUAUGUACACUAAGAAGUUCCUCGCUUAUUUAACAUUUCUUGCUAAUGCCUCGGAUAAAUGUUAAUAACUGACUUGUGUCAGUAAUAUUGCAGAGAACAAUAUGUGAAAUGAGUAAUUUUUACUCAAAGCUGGUCAAGUAAAUUUUCGUUAUAUAUUUCGAUCCGUUCUUUUUGGGAAGGCUGAUAUUUUCAAAAAUAUGUUACUUUCAAGGACAACAUAUUUCCCAUACUUGUAUCAUGCAUUGUUUUACAAAUUCUGCUUCGGUAAAAGGUUUGCAGAACUUAGCAAUUUUGUGUGCAACAGAAUAACUUCCUUUAGUUGUAGAUUUCUCAAUAUUACUUUGUUUAGUAAACACAUUUUGUUGCUUAAUCAAGAUUUCUAUUAUUUUUUUUCUGUUACACUUCGAAGUUCUUUUAAAGGUAGUGAGAUGCAUAUUUUGGAUGCUUUGAUUCAAAAUGCCUGUUUAAGUUGUAUUCCUUGAAAACAGCAAUUGAUUCCUGGUAAACUAAACAAAUUGCUUUCUUAUCAAUGUUUGUAAAAAGGUAUUUUACCGUUCAUGCUUCAUUGAAACUUCUGAAUUUCAAAUCCACUUUUCCUUUUUUCGAUUGACUCAUUUUUCAAAUUUCUACAAAUAACAAAUUUAAUUAUUACAAUAAGAUAAAAACAAUGUUUUAAGAAAUGACAAGUAUGCGUCUAGUGUUAAAUCAAAACAAACAAUAUGCGUGCUUUACAAGUGUAUGAGAGAAUUUUUAACGGGCCGGAUAAAGUAAGCAAAAGGGUCGGAUUAGGCCCAUGGGCCGGCUCUCGUCCGACCCUAUUCUUAAGGAUCUAAACUUUAAAAAUAUGCAAAAAAUAGCUUUUUUCAAAUUCCUAAACCAGAAUACCCCCUUAAUAGAUUUAAAAAUACUAGUCCAGUAGGUUCAUUAGAUGUUGUAUAUGUUGUAGAAUUUUAAUUUUCUUUGCCAAUUUUGUCGUGAGAUUUUUAAAAUUAUUUUAUAUCCUCUUAAAGGAAUGACGGAACAUGUUACCAAAUAACAAAUUAUGUGAUGCUCAAUAAUUGCCAAUUAUUCAAUCAAUAUUAAUUAUGUGAAAAUAAUUUCUUCUGAUUAUAUUACAAAUUUUAUUCAGUUAAACGACACCCGAAUAAGUAGUUGAUUUUUUUUCAUCGGUUCAAUAAUUAAGAAAAAUAAUUUAAUUAUACUUGAUUUAUUUCACAAAAAUGAAGAUUUAUAUGAAUAAUAAUUAUAUUGUGGAGAAAAAUUUAUAUUGAAUUUAUGUGAAGCAAACUUUUUUCUUUGUUAGUUUUGAAAUACUAAAUACUAACAUACCCUAAAUUAGCGUUCAUCAACCUGCCGUGCGCGUGCCCUUAGGGAGGGUGCCAGUAAAAUUAAAAUAAAAGAAAGCAAAAUGAUACUCAACCUUGGCAUUACAAAAAAAAUACAGUACAUGUUUAAACUCAUAUGUUCAAUUAUAAAUGAUUGUAUCAAUAGGUACUGUCAAAUGCCAAAUUAAAUUAAUAAUAAACUCGUAAGUACUGAAUUAAAAGUUGCUUUAAUCAUCAUCAUCAAACAGUAGAGCAGCGCUGGAUUCACCAGCAGGCUAAAUAGGCUGUAGCAUACGGCGGCAAAUUGAGUUGAUACCAUCAGCUCUAAUAAAAAAAUAGUUGAAAAAUAGUCCACUUUCAAAAUUUUGUUGGAUCCGGUGGUGCAGCUACAUUAGUACCGAUUUCCAAAUCUCGAAAAA